GAAAGAGGGUAAAGGACUAAAAGUUGCCGCUAGGGUGGGUCAUGUGUGCAAUCUUUUUGUCUUAAGUGGCUGUGUGUGACUGACAGAGUAAGUGAGUGGCUCACUCCUCUGACUCUGAUGUUGUCCUCCGUCAACACUUGCGCGCUUCCUUCUUCCUAUUCCCAAUUCUCACUCCCCCUUUCCUCACGAUGCCUCUUCAUCUCCGCCUCUUUCCGCCGCCAAACUCGCACUCGCCCUCGCACCCGCACCCGCAGGCGCCGCAACAAACUCUCCUCCCCUUCCGCCCCCACCUUCACCACCACCACCAUCACCACCUCUACCUCCUUCACCUCUUCCGAACCUAAGCUCGAAACCGUUAUCGACAUCAACAAACUAACCUCCCAAGCCUCCUCCACUUUCCGCUCUCUUUUCCCUUCCACACUCCGCAAGUUCGUUUCCUCCGCCGCUGACGCCUACACCGAUUUGCAAACCCUCGUCACACUCGACCAUGACCGCAGGCUCGUCGUCUCCUGUCGCCCUUCCACGUUGCAUUUCCUCGGCACCUCCGCGCUUUUCAGCUUCGUCGCCUUCUCUAUCCUCAGGUUUCUGGUCAACUCGGUUUCUAGGUUUUUGUCUUGGCGCCGUAACGCCUCUGCCUAUAGGCCUAUGGUGCGGAGGGACCGAAGCCUUGGCGGAAAAGAGGUCGUCGUUGGUUGGGGGGAGAGUGCCGUUUCCAAGGGGCCGGCGAAUCCGUUGUCGCCGGCGGACGGUGGUACUUUGAAGCGAGGCGCUAAGAAGAACAAGAUUCGGUUAGAAAGGAAACUGCCAAAAUGGUGGCCAGCUGUCAUCAACGGUGCUGUUUUCAACCUCGACGAGCAGGACGAAUUCAAGAGGCAGGCUUACAGAGUGGUUCGAGCAAUUACUGACAGUAGAAUGGCGGGAAACGACAUCAUGGAGGAUGAUAUAAUACAAUUGCGUCAACUAUGCAGAACUUCUGGCGUGCAAGUAUCUUUUGAAACAACAAAUAUUCGGGAUUCCUUGUAUCGAGCAUCUGUUAAUUAUGUUUUAAAUGUUUGCAGCAGGGAACCAACUUACUCUACUUCAAUUGAUAUUAAUGGUGAGGAUGCUCGGCAAUUCCUUGCUGGAUUUGCUGAAAAUAUAGGCCUUGAAAAUGUUCGUGCUGCAACAAUUGUCUCUGCUGCUGUUGCUGCACGUACACGCUCUUGUCUUCUACAAGCUUGGGCUCUGGAAAUGCAAGGCAAGCAUGUUGAAUCUAUGGCAGAACUGUCAAAAAUAUGCCAUCUUCUGCAGAUAUUUCCUCCCGAGGAAUCAUCACCCGAAAUGGAGAUGGUUGGUCGAGGCCUAACAAAACACUUGAAGCUGGAGCAAAGAAAACACCUCAUGUUUCUCUUUGGCAAAGUUUCCGGUGACAACAACCACAGGAUUGCAAGAGAAGCCCUUGGUUUGAUGCAUUCUCAAAAUUUGCAGAGCGAUCAAGUUGACAACAUGGCGUGAUAGAUAUACUAAUGUACCUGCAGACCUGUUCAACAUGAAUAAAUAAACAAAUAAGUGCCUGCAGACUGCAUCCAUUCUUUUUAGUGGUACACAUACAUAGGUGAAUUGUUUAGCUAGCGUCUGCUUAUUCAGUGAUAUUUAUUUGAAGCUUUGGAUAGUUAAGUAUAGUGAUGUAUCAAUAUAAACGUCGUUUAAUACUAUUGAAAAAUAAAGAGCUUAUCAUCGUUUUUCACUUGUCUAUAUAUAAAAUUGAACUGGUGUGGUGUGGUGCACCAAUCUUCAUCGAGGGGAUGACCCUUUGACA